GCUGCCUUUUCUUUUUGUGUUUUUUACUCCUACGGCCCAAAGUUUAUAAAUCCGAACACAACUACCUUUCAGCAAUAGCGGCCGAAUACCCCUCGAAUCCUUGCAUACCCAAAGAAAACAUGCCGUCCCAACAAUCCACGCGAUCCUCCAGCCACAAAACAAUGUCGAGUCUGGGGUUAGCGUCAGUAGCUCUUGUCGCCCUGUCGUCGUGUUCUGUGGAAGGAUUCUCUCCCGUCUCCAACGCGGCUCUUGCUCCCCCCAAAACCCAAUCCACGGUUGUUGUCACAAGCGCCAGCUAUGGUCGAGACAGAAGCACUCACCUGAAAAUGUCCUCCGAUGCGCAAGACGAGGUUGCCAAGCUCAAAGAAAUGGCUGCCAAGGCCCGCGAAGAAGCCGCAGCACUUGCCAAGGUACGUGACGGAGACGCCACGGCGACGCAUCGAACCCAAUGCUUGUCCAAGUCUGCCGGGCAUGACUAUUUUCCCCGAUGAGAUCUCUCGGAGCGAGAAACGAUUCUCGAUCCGAUUGCAAAGUUGUCGACAAUGGUGCCAAAAUGGACGCCGUGCUGCGAUGUCUCUGGAUGUCAAGUGUUUCCGCGUUCUCACACUGUAAAAAUUUGUCGUGCCCAACUACCGUACUCGCUGCACCUCACAGGAACUCGGUUACGAGGACGAAGACCUCGGAACCAAGGGUGCCAGCGGCAGCUCUACGGCCGCGCCGCCCAAACCUUCCAAAACCACCGAGGAAGUCGCUGCUUCCAUUCGCGCGAUCGAUUUCAACAGCGGUUCCGCCUCCGACCAGGUGUCGGCCCUGGAUGCAUUGCGAAGCGAGGGAAGCUUGUCUUUGUACAAAAGCGCCACGGCGGAAGCCGGAUCGGGUGACUUGCGGUCCUACCCAUGCUCUCUGGGAAUGCUGGAGAACCGUGCGGGUCUGACGUCCGAGAAGCUCGGCAUCGGGGAAGAGGAGGUUAGCCUCGACGACUUCAAAUACGGAACGCUCUGGAUCACUGGAGGGUGCACCGUCGCCGGAAUAGCCUCACUAGCCCUACUGCCCGAAAACAUCGGAGCGACACUCUGCUACUUCUUGGCCCUCAUCCCCAUUCUGUGGCUGGCCGUGGGAUCAACGGUCCCUGCCGCCAUUGCCAACCUUAUUUUGCUGGUAAAGGGCAACGACGACGGCGGUGUGGACCGGACCGAUCGAGUCUGCCGGCACGAGGCCGCCCACUUUCUUUGCGGGUACCUGUGUGGCCUCCCUGUCGCCAGCUACGCCACCGCGGACGACUCGGACGUCCCGCGGGUGGAGUUCCAUUACUCGGCCGAUGGAGCGGCCACCGCGAACCGGGAACUGACCAUGGACGAGGUCAACGCGCUGACGGUUGUGGCGCUUUCGGGGGCUGUGUCGGAAGCGAUGGCCUUUGGCAAGGCCCAGGGGGGUGCCGGCAACGCCGAUCUGACCGAGCUCCAAAACAUCUUUCGGAAAUCGGAGCAAUUUCUUGGGGCCGAAAAACAGCAAGACAUGACGCGGUGGGGUGCCCUUACCGCGUACCGGUUGCUGAACUCGAACUCGAAGCAACUGAACGCCCUGGUCGAGGCCUUUCGACAGAAGAAAUCCGUCGCCGACUGCGUGGCCAUCAUCGAAGAGAAAGCAUAAAACCGAGACGAGAAUACCAGCAUUUGACAUUACAGGGAGACUUUUAUUAAACAGAUUAUACUUUA